AUCUUUUAAACCUGCCCCUCACUCUUCUCUCAACACAACACUCAAUCACCACACACCCAUACACACACCCAUAAAUACACCCCGAACACAACUUCAUCAAAAUGUCCAACCCCAGGGUCUUUUUCGACAUCACCAUUGGCGGCGCCCCUGCCGGCCGCAUCGUCAUGGAGCUCUUUGCCGACGUUGUCCCCAAGACCGCCGAGAACUUCCGCGCUCUCUGCACUGGCGAGAAGGGCACCGGCUCUUCAGGCAAGCCUCUCCACUACAAGGGCUCUUCCUUCCACCGCGUCAUCCCCCAGUUCAUGCUUCAGGGUGGCGACUUCACCCGCGGCAACGGCACCGGUGGUGAGAGCAUCUACGGCGAGAAGUUCGCCGACGAGAACUUCCAACUGAAGCACACUGGACCCGGUAUCCUCUCCAUGGCUAACGCCGGAGCUAACACCAACGGCUCCCAGUUCUUCAUCUGCACCGUCAAGACCGCUUGGUUGGACGGCAAGCACGUCGUCUUCGGCCAGGUCAAGGAGGGUCUUGACGUUGUCCAGGCUGUCGAGAAGGUCGGAUCCGGCAGCGGCUCCACCAGCAAGCCUGUUGUCAUUGCCGACUGCGGUCAGUUGUAAAUACUCGUCGCAGCUGAGAGUGUCGGUUCCGAGCAACGUGAACUGGUCAACCAAAACAAUGAUUCAUGUCAGAAAAAACAGCUUGGAAGGUUGUGGAAACACGACUGGUGAUUCCGUAGUGAUAUGACUGGGAAAUGAGAAGCAGUGCGCACCCAUA